AUGAAAUCAUUGACAUCAAUAACUUUCUCAAAAGGAUCUAAACUUUCUUCACUAGAUUUUAAUGUAUUUUUGUGGGAUAAUUUAUUAGAAUUUACAAUACCUGAAAGUGUAGAAACACUUUCAGGUGUUGCAUUCAGUGGAAGCAAAAAUAUGAAAAAUAUUCAUGUUGAUCCAAUGAAUCAGUAUUUAUGGGAUGACACAAAGGCAGUUUAUAAUAAAGAUAAAACUAUCAUAUAUUAUUGUUCUUCUGCAUGUGGUGAUAGCUACACAAUUCUUGAUACAGUAACAACAAUAAACCAAGGUUGCUUCAUUGAUUCGAAUCUAACAAAUAUUAACAUUCCUCAAUAUGUAACUAGCAUUGGUUCUUAUGCUUUUUAUGGUUGUAAAAAUCUUAAACAUAUAGUUCCUCCACCUAAAUUAACAGUAUUGCAAUCAUCUAUUUUUCGUAAUUCCGGAAUAACAUCAAUCGAGAUUCCAAAUAUGGUAACAAAUAUUCAAGCAAACGCUUUCGCUGGAUGUUAUUCGUUAAAAACCAUUGUUCUCCCAGAAAAUGUUACUAGUAUUGGAGGGAGUGCAUUUCCAAAUAUUCAAAAUUUGAAUCUAACAAUAUCAAGUCCAUAUUUAUACAUCGAUUAA